GCAAAUCUCAUACAGUUAUCCGGUAGAUAACGUACGCAACCAAACGUUUGGAAAACUGAAUAUGAGUUGUCGGUCAAAGAGAGAGUACGCUGCUUAAACGAAUCUGUUUUGGAGAGUACCUUUUAAGUAUCUUGCAAGGAAAGUUGCCAAAUAUGGAUCAUAUGACACGUGUAGGUCAGAGAUCUCCUAGCAGAUCAGGAUCCCAGGGACAGAAAAUGCAUCAAAUUGGAAGGAAAGUAAGGAACAGCGUGGCUGACUUCUUUGGAGUUGGAGAGGAAAGCGAAAGACAGAGUUCGCGCUGGGACCAAAGACGUAAACGCUAUGCAGGAUCAAUAGGUAGAUUAAAACACUCCUACAUUAGGCAGGAUGCUGAUGAUGAACCAGAUGCAGGUCCUCGCCCAAUUGUAGAUCCUCUUCAUCGUCCUAGUCGUUUGUCAUCUGCAAGCACCCGUUUGUCAACACGCAGACCAACACGGAAGGAAUCUGUGGCAGUCAUGACCAUAAAAGGAAUUGGAAAAUUUAUGGCUAAAAGGAAGUCUAAACAGGAAGACAGGAAAAGCCGUGGUACUGGUGUAGAUCAUGGAGGAGAGGAUGCCUUCAGUCUUGUUGAUGAUGUAUUUUAUGAUGAAGCAAGGGCAGAGCAGACCAGAGCUAAGGAAAGCACAAUAGAACAAGAGGACAAGCGCACCGUAGGUAUUGGAGCAAUGGGUCGCCUGUUGAGGCCGAGUAUCCAAAGUGUAGUCUUUACCAAAGAUCUCACAAUGCAGCUUGAUGAAAUGGAAGAUCACAGGCCUUACUUCACAUAUUGGGCUACCUUUGUUCAGAUAGUAGUUUUCAUUGUGGCUGUGGCAGUGUAUGGCACUGCACCAUAUGGAAUAGGGCGAGAAGUGGAGAACAAAGUUGUGCGUAUGUCAAAUCUGGCACGGGAAACACAAUCCCACAUUGAGCAGAGAAAUAUCUGGUUUGGACCAAGACAGGCAGACCUUAUCCAUCUGGGGGCUAAAUACUCCCCAUGCAUGCGUGUUGACCACAAUCUGGAGAUCGCCAUUGACCUUGAUAAAAAAGAGGAAAAUUCAUCAGCUUGCUGUGUUCGUAAUGAUGGAUCAGGAUGUGUUCAGAGGAUAAAGUCUCAGUGUGGCUCAUUAUCCUCAUGGAAGAAAUGGUCAACAUCUAACCCAGGUCCAAAAGGCCGUGUGUCUGGCUCUGUAUGUGGACAGGAUCCCAACUACUGUUUAAACCCACCCUCAACAACUCCAUAUGAAUGGCCUGAUGAUAUCACCAAGUGGCCACUGUGUACGGAACGUGAGCCUAACCAACACAAUGUAUCAAGUACUAAAGACCGGCAUAUGAACUGUGAAGUUUUGGGUCAUCCAUGCUGCCAUGGAAUUCAGGGAGAAUGUAUUAUUACAACGCAAGAACACUGUGAUCUGAAACGAGGCUUCUUCCAUAAAGAUGCCUUUUUAUGUUCACAGGUGAAUUGUUUUAAGCAAAUCUGUGGCAUGAUACCAUUUGCUGAUGACGCUAAGCCAGAUCAGUUCUACCGCCUGUGGACUUCCAUUUUCCUGCACAGCGGGCUGGUACAUCUUUUAGUGUCGGUGAUCUUCCAAAUGUGGAUCAUGAGAGAUAUGGAAAAACUGAUAGGUGCCAUUCGCAUGUCUAUUAUCUACCUUGGUAGUGGGAUUGCUGGCAAUCUGGCCAGCUGCACCUUUCUGCCUUACCAUGUGGAGACUGGCCCUUCUGGAGCGCAGUUUGGUAUUCUUGCCUGCCUUCUGGUGGAGAUGCUGCAAAGUUACCAGAUGUACCGAAGACCUAUUCUUGCCAUAGCGAAAUUAGCAGGACCCAUCCUAGUUCUAUUUAUUUUAGGUCUUCUUCCUUGGUUUGACAACUGGGCACACCUCUUCGGUUUCAUCUUUGGAUUUUUGCUAGCUUUUGCACUUAUGCCUUAUGUCACCUUUGGCAAAUUUGACCGUCAUCGCAAGAUCAUCAACAUCCUUGUUUGUCUUGGGCUUGCCACUGUUCUCUUUAUUGUACUCAUUCUUAUUUUUUAUGUAGCACCACUGACAACGUGUGAUUCUUGCCAGUACUUCAAUUGCCUUCCUUUCACGGAUGACUUUUGUGACAACAUGCAGGUGACCUUCAAAAAGACCUCAACAUACAGUGCUUUUGGUUAAUAUUUUGUCUCAUUUUGUAUUGUUAGUCAGUCCCACUUGAUUUCUACUGAUAGUAAACUCCCUUCAGAUUAUUUCACCAACUUUUGGGGUGUGUCCUGAUUUCAGAUAUUGUGUCUGUUAAAGAUAAAACAUUUGUUUAUGUGGACACCAAUUUCAUGUUUGUCAUAAUACUGAAAGACCUUGUUAAAUUCUGUGAUAAGUUCUCAGAAAAACAUGGAACAGCCUAUGGAAUUAUUAUCGAGGUGUACUAUACUUUAUAAUUAUUGAUUUAUGCAACUGUGGUUUUGCUAUUGCCAUGCAGUUCUUGUUUUCUUUUACUUUGAUACAUCAUUUAUUCUCUAAAGCUAUCAUUGCAUGUAAUUCAACUUAUAUUCCACUCGUUUCUUAUUUAUUUUUGUCUUUACCAUACAGCUAUGCGCUUUCGAUACCAGUGUUUUAUCUGUGACAUACUGGUCACUGCAUUAUUCCUUUAUAUGAAUAAUUUCUACUUAGCUUUUUACCCUAAAAUUCUCACACACACUGAAAAAUUAUUUUACUGCUGUUACAUUUGAAAAUUUGGUAGCUUCUGAGAAUACAUCUUGUGUAUGUCAGAAUCCAUUCACUUUCCCAACUGUUCAUGCAUUGGUCAUUGUUUGUAACUACGAAAAUGAGAAUUGACGCAUGAGAGCAAAUCAUCACUCCAGCAUUUGUAUUUUCUCAGGGUAUGGCUCAUUGAGUUCUCUACAAGUAUGCUUGUUUCCUCCUGUCAUAUCACCACCUACAUACACACCAGUCUGGUGUGAAACCACUCUCUCUCAAGCCAAGUUAUUUGUUUUUAAAAUAAACCUGCUAUUGGUGAAGAUAUGCUUGUGAAGGAUCCUUACAUUUCCUAGACCCAUUUUAAGCAUAAUAAUACUUGCUGUGUUCAUAUGUAGUCAUAGCUAUGAUGUUAUUAAAGUGUGCUUAUUAUAGAUUUUAAGAUGCUAAGAAAUGCUACAGUCUGGCAGAUAGAAAUCACUUAAACUAGAUUAAACAACACGGUUUCCAUUUUCUAAAAUACUCAUAUUUUCUGUUGUUGCUGUUGGACUUCACAAAGAAAUAUUUCCACCUCACCUUUCAACCUUGAAUUGUUUCAGCUUAAAGCAUAGUAUAUACAAGAUUAGUUAUCCACAUGUGAUUUGUGUAAAUGAGAAUGAUUUAUAUUAUAAACUUGAACGAUAACAUCCUAGAGGAAAAUGUUGAAGGAAAUCAAUCAGAGCUUUUUAAUAUAUUUUGCAUUCAAAGGACUUUUGUCCCAAGUGUAAAUAAAUAAAGAAGGGUAGUUUACAUACAUUUAUCCUUUGAUCCCCAAAAGAAUGCCUUUGUGGCUUUGAGAGACAAUUUUUUUUUAAGCUUUGGUGUAUUUAACACAUUGAACGUUAUGUAGACUUAUAUGUUAAAAUUUUUCACAUGAAAUAGUUGUCAGUAAAAUUAUUUGGUAUAAAUAUUAUUUUCAUUUUGUAAUAAACACUGCAUUGAUUCUCAUUUUGUAAUAAACACUUCAGUCAUAGUUUGCCCAAUUUCUCAUAAACAAUGUUCUGAAGCAGUGUCAAACAAUAUUUAAGGACUGCUGGUCAUUCUAAUAAAUGUUGGUAUGAAUAUAUAGCUCAUAGGUUUGCCUUGUGCUGCUUCUCUCAUUCUUCAUUUUGUAUUGGAAGGAUUAUUUUGUAAAACGGUGAACCUGACUGUUGUAAUAAAACUUGGACCUUUCGUGUUA